CCAUGCCGACACCCACCGUUGGACGUCGUUUCUCUCAUCGAUUGGGGAAAUGAUCCAUUUGAGACACCAUUCUCGUUUUAGUGCAGUGAGCUGAAAAGCUUACUGGUAUCGUGCUUAGUACCGUGACAUCGCAACACGCUCAACGCAGGCUCGUUUGGGUAUGAGCCAUUGUGUGCACUGGGUAUGCAAUAACUGUCACGAGGAUGUCAUAGCCACAAUCCCCAGACGGGGAACAAUGGAACUGUCGAGUGCGAGUAGUAUAUAAGCUACCUUGAACUUCAAAACGAUUCUCAACACACGACUGCCACCACCAUCGACUUCAAUUAUCAGCUAUACCCACCGAACCUUUCCAGUAAAUGGGACCCAGCUCCGCAAUUCCGAGACGAGAUCGCCAGGAGGGAGAGGAAGAAGGAUACCAUAGUGAAAGCAUUGAAAGCACGUCCCAUUUUCCCCCAACCGACUCGGACAUUGUCAGAGCCGAAGAUAUACCACCUCAAAAUGACUUCGACCCGCGCAUGAAGUCCCAGAUUUACCAGGAUGCGCUUCCGUCGGGGUCGUGGCGGGUUCGUUUGAAGGAACCGGAAAGCUCCUUCGAGAAAACGCUCCAGCUUGAGGCAGACGCAAAUACCAAGUCAGGCACAUGGUUCGAAGGCGUCAUGGUCCCCACAAAGUUGAAGUGGGUCUACGAGCGCCCACAAGAUGAUUGCACUGGAUGGACACCCGAAGAUAGUGACGACGACGACGACGACGACGACGAGAAAUGCAAAUGUCCCUAUUGCGGCUGUGCCAUGCCACGGAAAUCUCGUUCAGACGAUGAACACAUUUGA